CUGAACGACUAUGUAACCGGCGGUCUGAACCCCGACAUCACCUUCCUGCUGGACACCGAACCCACCGAGGGCCUGGAACGCGUGGGCUCCCCCCAGCUCCAGAUGGCCCUGAUGCCCGAGGACACCGCCGAGGUGGGUCGGGCCGAUGUUGCCGGCCACCGUCGAUUUGAGGACCAGUCCGUGGGCUUCCACAACCGCGUGCGUCGAGGCUACCUGGAGUUGGCCAAGAGCGCCAAGGGCUGGCAGACUGUCGAUGCCCGCCAGUCGAUAGACGAGUUGUCGAGCCAGAUCUGGGAUGGGGUUUCGCACCUGUUGUCUGGAAUGGUAUUCGAUCCAGCGCCAACAACCGCUACCGCUCUCAUGCCUUCCCAAGAAUGA